AUGAUCAUCCACCAUCAUCUUCUCUUCUCCCUCCUCCUCUUUUUUUCGAUCGCCGCCGUCGGAUCAUCGGCGGCGGCGGAGACAUCCGACUGCACUUGCCGCCCCGAUCGGGAGGGCGGCGACAGCCAUGGAAACAGGACUGCCGCCCUCAAAAUCAAACUCGCCGCGAUCGCCGCAGUUCUUACCGCCGGCGGAGUCGGUGUCAGCCUCCCGAUCCUCGGCCGGAGAUUCCAAAUUCUCCGGCCGGAGAACGACAUGUUCUUCAUGAUCAAAGCGUUUGCUGCCGGCGUUAUACUCGCCACCGGGUUUAUCCACAUACUCCCUGACGCAUUCUUCACGCUGACGUCGCCGUGCAUCGCGGCGACGCCGUGGAGGAAGUUCCCGUUCACGGGAUUUGUCGCCAUGAUGGCUGCAAUCGGGACGCUGAUGGUCGACACGGUGGCGACAAGCUUCUACAAGAAAAUGCACUUCCGUACGUCAUCGUCGAAGCAGGUGAACGCUGACGAAGAGGACGGCGGCAGCGGCGGUGGCGGCGACAGCCACGCCGGCCAUGUCCACGUACACACGCAUGCGACGCAUGGCCACGCGCAUGGCGCGUCGCACGAUCCGAGCCUGUCUGAUCUCAUCCGACAGCGCAUAAUAUCGCAAGUUCUUGAACUCGGGAUCGUCGUUCACUCAGUGAUCAUCGGGAUCUCGCUUGGGGCGUCUGCGAGCAUCGCCACGAUCAAGCCCUUGCUCGCCGCCCUCUCGUUCCACCAAUUCUUCGAAGGAUUGGGGCUCGGCGGCUGCAUCUCGCAGGCGAAAUUCGAAUCGAUGACAACGACGAUCAUGAUGCUGUUCUUCUCAAUGACGACGCCGAUAGGAAUCGGAAUAGGCAUCGGGAUAUCGAGCGCGUACACAGACAACAACAGCCCCAAAGCCCUGAUUGUCGAGGGGAUUUUCAACUCUGCUUCAGCUGGGAUUUUGAUUUACAUGGCACUUGUGGAUUUAUUAGCUGCAGAUUUCAUGAACCCUAGAUUGCAGAGCAGCAUUAGGCUUCAAUUGGGUGCUCAUCUCUCACUUCUUCUGGGCGCUGGUUGUAUGUCUUUUCUGGCCAAAUGGGCAUAAACAGCAAUUAUUAUAUAUCAUUUCAAUUUCAAUAA